AAUAUUGAUUUAUAAAAAUUAAAUCAGUUUAAGAAAUGGGUGUCUUCGUCUCAAUUUGGGACAAACUGUUCGGAGAAGAGGAUAAAAACUUCAAAAUAUUAAUCCUAGGGUUAGACCAGGCAGGUAAAACCACUAUUUUAGAGAAAAUUCAGGGUAAAAUGGAUGGGGAACCAGUCCCUACUAUCGGUUAUAACCACCAAAAAGUCAGAAUGAGAAAUGUAAGUCUUGACGCAUGGGACCUUUCCGGCCAAGAGAGAAUGCGAAAGAUCUGGAAGCACUAUUUCGUUGACACUGGUGGAAUUAUAUUCGUAAUUGACUGAACCGAUUUUGAUAGGAUCGAAAUAGCCAAGGAUGAACUGAAUUACCUCUUAGCAGAGCCGGAGCUGAUGAAUAUUCCCAUUCUAAUUCUAGCAAACAAGCAGGAUAUUCCUGAAGCAAUGGGGGUCUCUCAGCUGAGGAAAAAUCUAGGUGUCGUAGAAGAAGAGCAUAAGAGACGUAUUAAAAUCCAAGAGUCCUCAGCCAUCCAAGAUGAAGGACUUGAUGCAGGCUUUGAAUGGUUGGUAAAAAUCUUAACCAACGAAGAAGAUGAUGAAUAAUAUUAUUAGCUAAUAGCUAAUUGCUUAUAAUGAAGGAAUUGCUACAGCAAUUCGUACAAAAAGUGUCUAAUUUUAGACUAAAACUUUGUUCACUUAAAAUAUC